CGGGACGUUUGUGAAGCGGAACCAAUAUGUUGUACGGCGCUGACGGCCGGAGGACUGUUUUGAUAAAGGACCACCAAUUCUCUGUGAAGGGUUGGUCGGGACAGUUCCGGGGACGCAUCAGUCAGGUCUUCGUCUUCAUCUCCGGAUAUGCACCGACAGAAUUUUCGACCCCCGACUCCUCCUUACCCCGGCCCGGGUGCAGGAGGUUGGGGUAGCGGGAGCAGCUUCCGGGGUACCUCGGGCGGAGGCGGACCAUGGCCGCCCUCCCCUCGGGAUGGGUACGGGAGUCCUCAUCCUACGCCGUCGUACGGGCCGCGCUGUAGGCCCUACGGGAGCAGCCACUCUCCAAGACACGGCGGCAGCUUCCCCGGGGGCCGGUUCGGGUCUCCGUCCCCGGGCGGUUACCCUGGCUCCUACUCGAGGUCCCCCGCGGGGUCCCAGCAGCAAUUCGGCUACUCCCCAGGGCAGCAGCACACCCACCCCCAGGGUUCUCCAAGGACAUCUACACCUUUUGGAUCAGGGCGUGGUAGAGAAAAAAGAAUGUCUAAUGAGUUGGAAAGUUAUUUCAAGCCUUCAAUGCUUGAAGAUCCUUGGGCUGGCCUAGAACCAGUAUCUGUAGUGGACAUAAGCCAACAGUACAGCAGUACUCAAACAUUCACAGGCAAAAAAGGAAGAUACUUUUGUUAAAGUUUCUGAAAUUCAACUGGAAACUUCAUGUGUCAGGAUCACCUUGGACAAAAUUUUCACUUGUGUACUUAAGUUGAACCCUGACAUCGGUCAUCUUGGUAUUUUUCAUUAUUAUCAAAUAUGGGUAUUAGGAAAGACAUGUGGUGGGAUAGUAUGCAAUAUUUAGCUCUGUAAAAGUGCCUACCACAUUUUAGAAGAUUUACAGUUACCAAAUAUUUAACAUUCUUGGUUAUAUAGUGGACACUUGUCUUAAUGUUUAAAAAUAAAACAUUUUGUCUAGUUA